AAUAAAAGUUCCGAUAUUACUUGUCCUACUUUCUCAAUAACAAUAAUCUUUUCUCUCAAUUCCUUACAACCACUCAAAUUUCAUUCAGAAAUUUUGUCCCCAACGCACUCGUCUUCCUCUCUCCCAAAAAUGAACAAUUUCACAAAAUCAGUGGUUCUAUUAGUUCUCUUCAUUGUUCAAUUGAUCAUAAUUCCAGGACUCCAUGCAAUCUCAGGAUUGAAGCCGCCGCCGCUAGAAACGACGGAGCCAAUGGUUCCUGCUGGUCCAACUGCGUAUCGAUUCAUAAACAUGUCGGCGGCAAUAGGAGUCGGCAGCUAUAGGCGGAGAUUGGCUCCGUUCCAGCUGUGCCUGCUCUGCAAGUGCUGCGCCGGCGCCACUUGCGUCUCCAUGCCGUGCUGCUUUGGUAUCGACUGUCAGCUCCCCAACAAGCCCUUUGGCGUCUGUGCUUUCGUACCAAAAUCCUGUAACUGCACAAAUUGUGCUACUAAAAAUUAGAUUAUAUAUAUUAAAGCCUUUAUUAUAGUACGUCAUGAUAAGAUAGUAAAAGAAAUAUAUGAAUCAAGAAUUGAAUAUAUUAAUUAUACGGAUUUGUGGGUAGUUAAUUUAAAAGAAUUUUAUUAGUUACGACGUGUGAAACGAACGGUAAUUAAAAAAUCCAGGCCGAAGAUGGAACGUGACUACGAUUUUCAAAUCUGCUAAACUACAAAUUUGACAACCAUGGCUUGUCAGAUAACACUGUACAAAUUGUUUGAAGUUCUUGCAAAAAACACCAAGAGCUUGUGGAACCGUGUUGUUAGAAAAAGUAAUUGUACCCACCACCACGUGGACAACUGGCAGUAAUAUGCUAAAAAUAUAUGUAGAGCAAUCUAUCUUCUUCUCUCUCA